UUUUAGUAACUACAUAGAAAUAUAUCAAAGAAGAGAAGGCGACAAACAUGAAUGAUGGAGAUGUAUCAAAGCAAAUUCAGCAAAUGGUAAGGUUCAUUCGCCAAGAGGCCGAGGAAAAAGCCUAUGAAAUCUCUAUUUCCACUGAAGAGGAAUUCAAUAUAGCCAAGCUAGAGCUAUUAGAAGCAGAGAAAAAGAAGAUUAGACAAGAAUAUGAGCGCAAGGCUAAACAGGUGGAAGUUCGCAAAAAGAUAGAAUAUUCAAUGCAAUUGAAUGCUGCGCGCAUUAAGUUCCUACAAGCUCAAGAUCAAUUAGUGAAAGGGAUGAAGGAAGCUGCUUCCAAAGAGCUUCUUCGUGUUUCUACUAACGACAAGACUGCCUAUAAGAAGCUGCUCCUGGCCUUUUCUGACGACAAGAACGCUUACAAGAAACUUCUUCAACCCUUGAUUGUUCAGAGCUUGCUACGCUUGAAAGAACCCUCUGUGUUGUUACGUUGUAGGGAGAUGGAUAAGAGAACUAUUGAGUCUGUUAUUGAAGAUUCUAAACGUGAAUAUGCUGAAAAGGCUAAUGUUCGCUCUCCCACUAUUACCAUUGAUAAGCUCUAUCUUCCUCCUCCACCCUCUUCUUCUGACCCACAUUCUCCUUCAUGCUCGGGAGGAGUGGUGAUGGCUUCUCCAGAUGGAAAAAUAGUUUUUGAAAAUACUCUAGAUGUUCGUUUGGAUCUGGCAUUUCGACAGAAAUUACCUGAGAUACGAAACCACCUUUUCGAUUGUGCCCAUGUUGUGUCAUGUUGAAGAACAAGUCAUUGCUCAAAUGGAAAAAUAGAGUUGUUUCUUAAUGCUUAUUAUAUAAGACAGUCUUAUUAGGAAUCAAGUGAUAAGUAUAUCUAACCUAAACUAAAUGAGUGUUUUUGAAUCUUGCUAGCUAUAUGAUUUGGGUGCUGGAAAGGAGUUAGAGUUAAAAUAACUAAGAGCUUCAAAUUAUUUUAGAGAAUGUAAUAAUAUAAUCUAAUAUGCAAAAUUACUACUUGCACUCUUAUUUAGAUGAACUUGAAAGCAAUUGAUUAU